AUGAGUGGGAUAAAUUCCUCCAUUAACAACAAUAAUAUUCAAAAUACAACUACCAACAAUCUCAAUAAAACACCAUCACCUGCAAAAGAUACGGGUAUACAGAGAAACAAAAGUAUUCGUAAUGGAACAGGACCAAUUCAAUUUAAAGUAAGAAGACCAUCAUCUACAAGUACACAAGAAAAUAACACAAAUGAAUCAAUUAAACCAAAAACAACCCCAGCCAAAGGUUUGAAUAUAUUUGCAGUAUCGCCAAUAGGACAGAACAGUACAACUCCAAAAAAUAUAACAAACUCAAAUUCAAUCACAGAAAAAGUAUCAGCACCAACUACUGUCCACCAAAAUAACACCAACAUAAACACUAGAUCUAAAUCACCAGAUUCAAGAUUUGACGUAAUACUACCUUCAAAAGAAGAAUUAAAAACAAUGCACAUAGAUGAUCAAUUAAGAAUAUUAGCAUUAAAAGAAAUGAUAAUAGUACAAAUAAAAGAUGAAAUAUCUAAUUUAAAUUCAAAUUUGAAAAAAAAUGAAAAUGAAUUACAUGAAUUACGAGAAAUUGUUCAAAAAUCAUUAUAUCAAGAAAUAAGUGGAGCAGCAAGUAAUAAAACCCUUAGUAGACAAAGAACAAACUCGAACCCUCGUGAUCAAGCUAUAGAAAGUAUUAAAAAUAAAAGAAGAUCAAGUUCAAAUGGAUCUAUACCUAUUUAUGAAGAAAUUAAAUCACAACAAGAACAACAACAAGAAUCUCAAAAAUCAAAAUUAUGGAGUGGAUUAUCUAAACCUUUUAAUUUAUUACAACAAUUUGAUACAUUAUUACAAAAUGAAUUUGAAAGAUCAUUAACUUUAGAUUCUCGUACCAAUUAUAAUGCAGAACAACAACAACAACAACAAAGACAACAUAAUUCUAGAAAAUCAGAAGAUUCAAUAAAUAGUAUAGGUUCAAUUACUUCACCACUACGAUCCAAAAGUCAAACUUUGUCAGAAUAUAGAAAUAGUCAUGAUAGAAAAUCAGAUGAUAUGAUUCAAACUGUGUCUUCUUCAAUAUGGUCAUUUGUAAAUGAUGUAAAAGCAAACGUACUAUCUUCUCUUAAUGAAGAAGAAAAUUAUCAAGAUUUUUCAGAUAUUAUUGAUGAUACUAAUGAAGAUGAUGAAAAAAUAGAUUUAUCUAUAUAUAAAAAUUAA